GUCCAGACAGGAGGACAGGUGCGAGCCCACAGCUGCUGCUCUCGCUAUUUCUGUGGUGACCUUUCACCUCCACGGUCACAUGACCACUGCCUCCAACAUCAGAGGUCGCGCCAUGCUGCUGGGAACUGCUGCACACCUGGACAACACACACCUGGACAACACACACCUGGACGCCGUGUCGGUCGUGGCACAGGCUGAGAGUGAGGACGUGCAGGAGUUCAGUCCUAGCGACAUCUCCGAGUCGCAGCGUCACCUGCGGGCCGUGUUCAGGCGUGUCACCGCCAUGAGCCACGCCCCCUACCAGUGUGACCUGAUAAGUGAAGAAGAUGAGGACACUGAUUGGUCCAAAGCAGACGGACUUGAUGACAUUAUAGCCCCGCCCACACCCUUUAAGGACUGGCAGCCCCGCCCACUUCAAUAUGGCGCCACAGACAUACGAGUUGCGUCUUCAUCCUCAUCAUCUUCAUCUUCAUCUUCAUCUUCAUCAGAUGAGGCGUGUCAAUCCAAAAGUGACGACUCAGACUUUUCUCACCUUGAUGUCUCACCUAUGACCUUUGACCCUGUAAGGGAGUCUGACUUCAUCCCCCCCUCCAUGUUGGAAGCUGGCUCCGCCCACUCACUGUCACACACCUGUGCCGACGCUGACACGCAACACCUGGACGCCAAAGUGAUGAUGUUAUCUAAACAUUCACUUUUCUCUCUCAUCCACACAACAACACCAAGACGCCCCCUGGUGGACUGGAAGACUACUUCAUGUCCUCACCAGGGAUUGCUUACUUCACCACAAGCUGCGUGCCAGCAGAAGCUGCGUGCCAGCAGGUGUGGUUACCGUGAGGGGGAGGAGUAUGGCGUGGUUGGUCACAUCCACAGCGGUUGCUACGGAGACGUGUUGUGUGUGCGGGACAAGACGAGUGGCUUCACCUGUGCCGCCAAGAAGCUUCCUCUUAGUCGCUUCAAGGAGGAGGAAGUGACGGCGUGGAGCGUCCUGGACUCUCCUCGCGUCCUGCGCCUCUUCGGGGCCGUGAGGGAGGGGCCUAAUGCUGUGCUCUUCAUGGACCUGAAGCCAGCCAGUCUGGCUCAGCUGAUGAAGUCCGCCCGUCGCCUUCCUGAAGACUUGGCUCUGCACUUCCUGCACCAGACACUGGGGGCGCUGCAACACCUGCACCGCUGCAAGGUGCUGCACCUGGAUGUCAAAGUGGACAACGUGCUGCUGUCCUGGGACUGCACACACACCUUCCUGUGUGACUUUGGACUGUCCCACAUGUUGGACUCCAGCGGUCUGAGCACCAAAAGCCUUAUGGGCGGGGCCCUGCCCGGCACGGAGACCCACAUGGCCCCCGAGGUGGCAUGCGGGGCGCGCCUGAGUGCCAAGGUGGACGUGUGGAGCAGCUGCUGCAUGUUUCUCCACAUGCUGACCGGCCGCCAGCCGUGGAUCCGCCGUUUCUCUCAGCCGCUGUGUCUGCACAUUGCCAAGGAGCCCCCGCCCCUGUGGGAGGUGCCGCCCGGCUGCAACGCCAUGACGGUCAAAGUGUUCCGGGCCGGACUGCGGAAGGACGCGGUCAGGCGGGCGUCGGCCAGUCAGCUGCGGAGGAAAAGCGCCAAGGCCCUCGGAGCAGUUGGCGGUCUGCGUCCUGCGUCCGUCCAACUGGCCUGUGACAAGCUAUGGGACAGAAACUCCGCCCCCUUGGCCUCACUGGACACCACGGCUCCCACAAUGCACUGGGUGAGUCCUUGGAGGACCACGGCGAUGGACGAGGAUCACGACGAUGCGGACUCGCUGGCGUCGGAGUGGGAAUGCCAGCCCAGGUCUUUGAGGGACGAAGGAGACUGGGACGCGGACGCGGACGUGGACAUCUACACAGGUGGGCUGAGGACAGACCUGGACUACGAGGGGGACCGGGAGGACGAGGACCAGGACCAGGACCAGGACCAGGACCAGGACGAGGAAGAGUCCACACGAUACGUGCAAAGACUUCGAGGUUUCUUCCCUCUGCUGCAGCGAGGACGACAGACGCAUCACACCUGGCGAGGAUCAGACGCCCAAGAUGGUGUGGACUUCAGACCUCACAUGACCCCCCUACCCAGACCUCACAUGACCCCCCUACCCAGACCUCACACGACCCCCCUACCCAGACCUCACAUGACCCCCCUACCCAGACCUCACACGACCCCCCUACCCAGACCUCACACGACCCCCCUACCCAGACCUCACACGACCCCCCUACCCAGACCUCACAUGACCCCCCUACCCAGACCUCACAUGACCCCGUCCCCAGAACCGCGAGAUGACCCCCCCUCCUGCUUCAGCAGCUCCUCACAAGCCGACACCUCAGACCAGGACUCGGAGUGCUCGUCCGAUGACCUCAGCUCAGGUGUUCUGUCUUCCUGUGGAGACCGCACGGAGGGUCCGUGGGCAUGUGGCACGGAGGGUCCGUGGGCAUGUGGCACGGAGGGUCCGUGGGCAUGUGGCACACCCUCACGCUGCUUCCAAGGUGUGGACGUGUGGAUUGAGGACGCCCAGGGGGAUUGUCUGAGGAUCAGAGAACGUCAGCUGGUCCAGGUGGGACACGUCGCAGUCGGAAUCAGCGAGCAGGUGGCCAUGGCUGCUUUCACCUUGGAGACGCUGGACAGGAAGUCGGUGUGCUGUGAUUGGCAGAUCCAGGAGGCGUGUCUGUGGCUUCGCUGUGUUCCUGCGCCCGACUCUUGCCGCCGUUGGACGUGGAGAGUUCAUGACGGCAAACUACAGCGGCGACCAUGAAGGAGCGCUAAAGAAAGGAUGCAGCAUAUUACUGGGAAGAAACAUGCUAAGUAUAUUAGCAUGACAUCAGCUAAUGUUUGAACAUGUUAGCCAUUAGCUUCACAUGCUAAGUAUAUUAGCAUGACAUCAGCUAAUGUUUGAACAUGUUAGCCAUUAGCUUCACAUGCUAAAUAUAUUAGCAUGACAUCAGCUAAUGUUUGAACAUGUUAGCCAUUAGCUUCACAUGCUAACUUCCUUAGCCUGGCAUCAGCUAAUGUUUGAAGAUGUUAGCCAUUAGCUUCGCAUGCUAA